ACAACAAUCACAAUAAUUAAUUUAUUUAAAUAAGAUAUUGAAAAUUUAUUGAUAUCAGAUAGUGCAUUCUAACCUCACUUAUGAGUUUAAUUUGCGAUUCUGUCGGGUUAUUAUGACAAGUCAAUUUUUUCCCGGUCUCCCCUGCUUGAAUUAAGUAUAAACUAUACUUGAUUCAAGAAUAGUUUUUCUUCUGUGCAUGUUAUCUACAGCUAUCAAUGUUUAUUGUUGAGUUUGUCAACUGUCUUCGAUGCAGGAAUAAACAGCAUGAUCUAUACAAAUAUUUUAACCAAUGAAGCCAUAAACUGGAGGCUCUUCGUUGUAUUAUGAAUCCAUUAUUUUUCCAUAUUUAUACAAUAUUUUGUUUUCUAACGAUGAGGAAGAUAUUCCAAACUCAAAAAGAAAAUAUAAAAAUGCCAAAAUUUGACUUCCAAUUUGUUCUGCUUCUCUCAACAAAUUGACGAACAAUUGCCUCUCUCAUUUUCUACUGAACUUCACUGCGACAUUUGACAUAAACAAUUUAUUCUGUUGCAAAAAUAGCACGUUCAAAUUAUUCAGUCUAAAUUUGGCUACGCUGACGCAAAAAUUGGAAAUUUCAGACACUCGUCCCACUGUCAGCAUAAAUUUUCGUCGCACAUCUCAUUAUACCGCCCAAAAAAACAAAUGGUCGUUGUCUCUGAAACUAUCCGCAGUUUAUAAAUCUCUCAAGUUUCCCAAAAUGUAAAAAUAUCAUUCGAGAGGAGGAAAAAUAUCUGAAACGUGAACAAUCCAGACGUCGCUUAGACAAACUACUCCAAGAGCUUGAAGGCAUCGUGCACGAUAAACAGGAAAUUGAAUGGAGGAUUGGCUUAUUCCGUGCGUUAUACUAAGUAGUCCGUAAAGCCGACGAAGCACUUGUGGUUUAAAGGAUUAUCCAAGCCACUUGGAGAUAUCUCCUGAAUGUAUCCACUGAGACAAGCGUCUUCUCCCAGCUUUAGUCGUGCCAAAUUGUCUAAGAUGAAUCAUUCAUUUCUAUAAUCCCCCUUAAUCACUAAAUACACCAGCUCACCCCGAUCAUUGAGCAUUGAGUUGCUACAUAAAAUUAGUGGGUCCUUUCGGUAUCCAACGAAUUCCGGAUGAUUGACCAAUCAAUCAGGCGAUUAAACCGAACGUAAACAUCAUGUACAAGAAGAUUGAGGAGUGCUGCAAGCAUCAGGAGCAGAUAAAAAAGAUAACGAAGACGAAGAAGAGGAAAAGGAAGGUAAUCGAUGUCGAUAAUGAAUGCGAGGACAGAGAUGAACGUACUCCGGGAUCAGUUAGAAGGAAAUUAACGCCGGUGAAGAGUCGAUAUGUAUCGGAAAUUGAUAGGGGCAUUGACAGGAUAAAACCGCCAGUCAAUGUUAGGGAUGAAUACUCGUUUUCGAGGCAUAUUCAAUGUGUUAUGGAUGAUUCGGCCAGACAUUCGGGACUUUCGAGGAGUUUUUAUGGGGUUUCUCCAGGUGAUGGCAUGCAGAAAAAAACACGGAAAAAAAACUCAAAUAAAAUCGAACCCACGAAGAUGCCGGGCACGAUGGCAAAGGGCUCCCAUGGUGUCCGGAAUUGGGAAUCCAAAAAUGUUAAGUCAGUGAAAAUCAGGGGUAAUGGACGAAAACAGGAUGCAACGACUGAUGGUUCAACUGAUUCUGACUCGAACUCAGAAUACGACGAAAUAUGCUCUUUUGAUAGCGACAUAGAUCUUUCUGGAGUGACCGUGACCGUCGAGGAUCAAGCGGCGGUUCUGGAGAAAUACACAAAGGCUCAUACGUCUCUGACAAAUACUGGGAAUGUCAGCAACUCCGGAGUGGCUGAAACUGCAUAAAAAAAACUUUUGUUACUUCCAUUGAAUCUCUGGUUUCCUGGAUGGGGAAAUAAUAUUACUCACGAUGCUG